AUGGAGCGCGCGCCGCCCGACGGGCUGCUGAACGCGUCGGGGGCGCUGGCGGGCGAGGCGGCGGCGGGCGGGGCGCGCGCCUUCUCGGCCGCCUGGACCGCCGUGCUGGCCGCGCUCAUGGCGCUGCUCAUUGUGGCCACGGUGCUGGGCAACGCGCUGGUCAUGCUCGCCUUCGUGGCCGACUCGAGCCUCCGCACCCAGAACAACUUCUUUCUGCUCAACCUCGCGAUCUCCGACUUCCUCGUGGGUGCCUUCUGCAUCCCGCUGUAUGUGCCCUAUGUGCUGACCGGCCGCUGGACCUUCGGCCGGGGCCUCUGCAAGCUGUGGCUGGUGGUGGACUACCUGCUGUGCACCUCGUCCGUCUUCAACAUUGUGCUCAUCAGCUAUGACCGCUUCCUGUCCGUCACCCGAGCCGUCUCCUACCGGGCCCAGCAGGGCGACACGCGGCGGGCGGUGCGGAAGAUGGCGCUGGUGUGGGUGCUGGCCUUCCUGCUCUACGGGCCGGCCAUCCUGAGCUGGGAGUACCUGUCGGGGGGCAGCUCCAUCCCCGAGGGCCACUGCUACGCCGAGUUCUUCUACAACUGGUACUUCCUCAUCACGGCCUCCACCCUGGAGUUCUUCACCCCGUUUCUCAGUGUCGCCUUCUUCAACCUCAGCAUCUACCUGAACAUCCAAAGGCGGACCCGCCUGCGCCUGGAUGGCGUCCGUGACGGCGCCGGCCCCGAGCCCCCGCCCGAGGCCCAGGCCUCGCCGCCCCCGCCGCCCCCCGGCUGCUGGGGCUGCUGGCCCAAGGGGCACGCAGAAGCCGUGCCGCUGCACAGGUACGGGGUGGGCGAGGUGGCGCCGGGCGCGGAGGCCGGGGAGGGCGCCCUCGGGGGCGGCAGCGGCGGGGGCGCCGCGGCCUCGCCCACCUCCAGCUCUGGCAGCUCCUCCCGGGGCGCCGAGCGGCCGCGCUCGCUCAAGAGGGGCUCGAAGCCGUCGGCGUCCUCGGCGUCACUGGAGAAGCGCAUGAAGAUGGUGUCGCAGGGCAUCAGCCAGCGCUUCCGGCUGUCACGGGACAAGAAGGUGGCCAAGUCCCUGGCGGUCAUCGUGAGCAUCUUCGGGCUCUGCUGGGCCCCGUACACGCUGCUCAUGAUUAUCCGGGCCGCCUGCCAUGGCCACUGCGUCCCUGACUUCUGGUACGAGACGUCUUUCUGGCUCCUGUGGGCCAACUCGGCCGUCAACCCCGUGCUCUAUCCGCUGUGCCACUACAGCUUCCGCCGGGCCUUCACCAAGCUGCUCUGUCCCCAGCGGCUCAAGAUCCAGCCUCAUGGCUCCCUGGAGCAGUGCUGGAAGUGA